AUGUUCCAGUGCUGGGAGAUGGUGGAAUUAGAAAAAGCAGGGAAACACGUCGCUAAGAGCUGUCAGGAGGAUGCGGUGGCAAAUAACGACACAACGUCCAUUUACGGCAGAACUUACAAUGCGAGCUUGCUUGGAAGGGCGAGAUGUGCUUUACUCGGCUGCGUUUUCAUCGACGCCUGCCACUUCUCCAUCGACUUCCUCUCCAACAUCUGCAUUUCCUUCCAUCGCCUCCACCUCCUCCCCAACCAUCCAAAUCUCCUCAUCACGCCACACCACCAAGCCAACAACCUCAUGCGCACACGCCUUCCAGAAAGUCAUAAUAGCACGGAAAGGCCCAAACGUACAGCCAUCCAGGAAUGUUCGUGGAUCAUGUCGACGGAGACGAGCCAAUAUUCCCUCAUUACAGACACGUAA